GGAGGAAGAAGACGCCAUUAGGGGCAGCGGCGCCGUCGGCAGCGGGGAGCGUUGUGGUUGUUGGCGUCUUUUCCCUCGGCUCCGUUCCUCCGGCGGUGCCUUCCCCUCUCCUUCCCCGCUUCCCCUCUCGCUUCCCGCCCCCGCGAGUCUCCGUCCCGGUGGGCGGCGGCGCCCCGCGGCCGCGUUGCGGACCGUUGAUGUGAGGCGGCGGACGGCGGGGCGCGGAUGGCGGCGGCGGGGGCCGGCGCGGCGGCCGGGGGCCGCAGCUUUUCCUUCAAGGUGGUUUUGCUCGGGGAGGGUUGCGUGGGGAAAACCUCCCUGGUGCUACGCUACUGCGAGAACAAGUUCAACGAUAAACACAUCACCACCCUGCAGGCAUCUUUUCUUACAAAGAAGCUAAAUAUUGGUGGGAAAAGAGUAAACCUUGCAAUAUGGGAUACAGCUGGUCAAGAAAGAUUUCAUGCAUUGGGGCCGAUCUACUACAGGGAUUCUAAUGGCGCUAUCCUAGUAUAUGAUAUAACAGAUGAAGACUCUUUUCAAAAGGUAAAAAACUGGGUAAAGGAAUUAAGAAAAAUGUUGGGAAAUGAAAUCUGUUUAUGUAUAGUAGGUAACAAAAUAGACUUGGAAAAAGAGAGACAUGUUUCAGUGCAAGAAGCAGAAACGUAUGCUGAAUCUGUUGGAGCAAAACAUUAUCAUACUUCAGCUAAACAGAACAAAGGAAUUGAAGAACUGUUUCUUGACCUUUGUAAAAGAAUGAUAGAAACUGCUCAAGUGGAUGAAAGAGCAAGAGGCAAUGGUUCCAGUCAGUCAGGAAUAGCAAGGCGAGGUGUACAGAUCAUUGAUGAUGAGCCACAAGUACAGAGCAGUGGAGGGUGCUGUUCUUCUGGAUAAUUAUAAAACUGUGCAUCACUGCCCUCUCAAUAUGAAGACUGCCAUAUUCCAAGUCACGCAUUCUUUACCAAUGGAGUAAUAGAAUUAACAGUAUUUAAAAAUAAUCACAUGUAACACUGCAGAGACCUUAAGUGCUAAACUAGUGGCGUCUGUGACCAGAGAAUUGGCAUUUUCUACAGUGGUUAACAAAGCAAUUACCAAUGGCCUUUUUACAUAUUUUUCUUUAAUGAGGAAUAAUAUGCAUGUAGAAAAGACCUACUUAAAGGCUUCAUUUAUAUUCUUUUAAAUCAGAUCAUUAUUUAAUAACUUAUAUACAUUGUUGUUGGAAUGGUAUACGUUUUUGCAGCUCUUUGUAUUUUGUGGUAGAUUGAAUUGUAUCACUUCUAAAAUGCAAAUUGAUUUUUUUUUUUUUAAAUUAGCAGAUAUCUGAAGUAAUAUUUUUGCAGGGCCUUCACAAGCCUAUAACUGUCAACUACUUUGAUAUAUUCUGUUCAUCCUGUAUGCCAAGCUGGUAAAAUACAUUGUAAAUUACAUAUUAAAUAUUUUAUCUGCUUUUACAAUUGCAGGUGCAGAAAUAUGUACAUCAGUCUUGUCAGUGAUUGUGAAGUGAAUAAGUCAGUGAAAGAUGCAAGCUUUUCACGUGUACUGUUGAAUUGCUCAUUCUAUUCCCCCUACCUGAAGACAGCUUUUUUUGGUACAUUCAUAGCUACAGCAUUUUUUUUAAGACUUUUCUGGUGAGGAGCAGUAUUUACAGUACCCCCUUAGUGGGAAGAGAAUGCUUCCGUAGACUGCUGUUUAACAUUGAGGUGUUUGACUCCCAGCUAAAACAGUUGGCGCAUGCAUAUAUCUUGCCUCUGCAGUUACUUUGGCCUCUCAGAAUAUCCCCAGAAAGUCAAAGCAACUUUAGCCCUCAUCUGUCUGGUAGCCAGUAAACCAGAUGCAUGGGAAACUCUUAAGCUGCAUUAAUACAUUUGUGUCCCAAGACAGCAUUAUAAGCUAUUAAUGAGCAUUUUUUUUCCCCCUGUAUUGCAGGGCUUGAGUGAACAAAUGAAUUGGCGUUAACUAGAACUGCUUCUGAUUUGGAGUGAUUAAAUGGAAGAUAUGAAACUUGCCAGAUGUAAUUGUAACUUUGGGGAUACUAGACAGAACUGAAUUUAACUCCUGACUUGCUCUUUCUCUUGUAAAGCGUUUUGAAGCCCACUUAAGUUUUGGGAGGAGGGUUUUCACAAAAAGUGUAUAAACUACUAUCACAAACGAACACAAAUGGUGGUAGCUGAAACUUCAAAAUGUUUUGUGCUCUGACUUUUUUUUACUUAAGUUGUCAUGCUUGGAAAAACAGUAAAGGUGAUGUCUAUGACAAAAUAGAAUAUUCCUUGGCCUUCCUUUUUCUGAAGGGUAGAAUUAGUAUUGCAUAUGAAUGCACUGAAUGGUGUGGGUAUGUUCCGAUGCACAAAAGGAGUAGUAGUAACUAAUCACUCUGAUAUGUAAGAGAAGUGUGCUGUCUCCAGUCUGAUUUUUAUUUUCUCUGAAAUAAUAGAUGGCUUUGAUACAGACUGGUCCUGGUGCUUUUUUCCCUUUCUGCCUAAACUGUGGUGUAGAUACUUUCUCUUAAGCUACCAUUGCUGUGCUCUUCUGAUAUUGUUGUAUGCAUAAUGGACAAAGGUGAUCUGUUCAUGCUAAUGAAGAUAAAGUUUCUUGACCGCAUAGAGCUUUGGUGUGAAUCUAAAAUUCAUGAUUACAUGUGUGUAUAUGCAGCAACACCAUUAAAUUAACAUUCUCAUAUCCAACUUAACAGUGAGCCUUGCCAAAGUUGAAAAAACGGUCAGUUGGAUCUAAACCCAGUACCUUCAAAUCCAUACAGUUAGAUGAAAGUCAGUCUUGUAAGUGAUACAAUAUUGAUAAGAGGAGUGAAAUUGGCAAGACUAUGUUCAAGACUGGAAUCUCCUCAUAAUAAGAGUUCCAGAUUUUUUUAUUCAAAUUUUGUGGGUUUUUUGCAGAGAUGGAAAAAAAAAAAAAACCCAACCAAACAACCCAACCUCAACUAGACUUGAUCAGCAGAUGAGUCACGAGGGCUUACACCAGAGCAUAUGUGUUCUCGCCAGAGCAGAACUUUCUCCACUUCUUUGAAGUGGACAGAUACAGUUCUGGUCUGGAAAUUAAUAGUAGGUGUGUACCCAAGAGAAUGUUAUGUUUGACUAAUUUGAAGUAGCAGCAGUGUGUUGAAUAUAUGUUUCUGCCUGCAGCUAAAUAGUUUUUCUUUAGUGUGUUCUGUGAUAAGGGCAUUCUGUGUGACUUCUACCAAUUACAAAACUAACCAAGUGAUGUUGAUACUAACUAACCCUUAAGUCUCUUAGAAAACUAAAACAAUUACUACUGAAAACUUUGGUGGGAGUAAGGGAGCCCACAAUUUUGUAUGAUUAAAAAGGUUCUGGUUGCUAUUAGCAAAAUUUUUUAAAAUAAAUUCUCAGAAGUUACUUUUCUUUCUUAAGCUACAGCAUGAAAAAUACUCUCUGGAAACCUCCUUGUCUAAGCUGCAGUUUGGUUGGAUUUGACUUAAGGAACUUAAAACCUGUGCUUAGCAGAGUAUCAUUAUGUUACCUUACAAAAGUAGUAUAGCUUCAUGAAGUCAGGGGAGUUGGUUUCCAAGACACAAGUGAAAACUUUAUGGAUUGUUUAGACUGAUUAACGUAAGACUUCAGCUGUUCAUUGUUAGUAGACAAAAUAUGAGAGUUCCAGGAAAAAGCAUCUUUUCUGAAGAUCUCUAGGGUGUUCUUUGAAUUAAAUAUAUAGGAAAGCACAGAUAGUUUGGCUUUCUAUAUUUGAGCAGGAUCUUACUCAAGUAACCUGGUGUUACUACUGCGUGGUUUGGUUUUCAAGAGUGGUGCAUUUGCUGGCAUCUAUCUAGAUUGCCUGGUUUUUAUGUCUUAAGGAAAACUGUUUUCUUGUUGCUAACUUCUGUUGCUGGAAAACAAGCAAGCUAUUUCUCAUUCUUCUGAGAAGAGUGCAAGAGAACAACUAUGUCUGUCUAGAAAGUACCUCUAUCUAUCCCCACAAUAGAAUCAGCCAGACACCUGCUACAGCAUGUAAGUCAACAUUGAGCACACUUCCUCAGAGUAAAUCUUGACAAAGAUUACUCAUAUACUAUAAUAAAAAAGGUCUAACUUACUAUAAAUACCUUUCCAAAACAACUUUAAGUACUUGCUCACAGUCUUGAUGCUGCUGCUAUGAAUACUUCAGCUACCUAUGAAACUUUAUCACUUGCUGAAAUAAAAUUUAACAAACCAAAGUCCAAACACUUUAAUGCAGCAGUGUGUUGUCUCUAUUAGGAGUUAUUUAUGGACACUGUCUUCUUGCACUUAGACUAGAGUUCAGAAGUUGUAAAAGACUAGCUGGACUGAUUCAGACAAGGACACUCUAAUAAAUUCAGAUAUGUGGUACUUGGAGAUGAGUGUAACUAGCUGUAAAGACUGGGGGUGAUGACUUCAUCUGGUUUGCAGUGGUCUCACAUAUGGUUCCAAGAUGGGGACAUCCAAUGUCCAGAUGAACUGUAUUGGCUGGUCUCUUGAAACAGUCAAGUAAUUGAGUGUUGCCUUGAUUACAUGCUUUUUCUCCAACGUUCGAACAUUGUGGACAGGCGUUCUUGCUUACUACCACAUAGAAAAGGCUAAGGGAUACUUUUUAAUCCUGCCACUUUUGUUGUUCUAGGUGUUUAACUUGUAUUUCUGCUUACAGCUCUUGAAGAACCUAGUAAUUCAAUUUCUACUUUAGAUUCCAAGCCAGAUGAAAAAAGUUUUGCAAAAAGGUAUGAGGUCAUGGAAGGUGGUUGGAGCUCAGAUGGAGUUCUUUGAAAAUGUUGGAUGCUGUCAGAAAAAACAGUUGAAAGAAGGUAAGAGGAAUGGGAGUUCUGCUUGAGGACAAAUGGAGGUCAGGAAUCUCCACAAGCUGAAAGCAUUUAAGUGGUAUGAAUGAUAGAGUGUAGGAAUAAGAGAGUUGGAGCUGGCCACCUCUCAUUUUUCUGCUUUUUAUGGAAGGAAAAGGAGAAGCAGAAAGAAAAAGGGAGGUAGGAAAAACUGAAGGUACUGGUAAAACUGAAGGUGCUGGCAGUGGGCUGGUGAGUGAGGUGCUGAGCUAACCAUUUCUUGGUGGAGUUGCUGGCAUCUCUUAGCAGUGUUAGUUGUCUAAUUCAAGACUUUUCUAAGAUUACUUCCUAGGUUGUUUUUCCUUCUGUGAAAUACCAUUUUUGCUUCACUAAAGAGAAUAUAACUAACUUUGAACUGGCUUUCAGACACAAUUCUAACCUACUUAAAACUUGAUUAGAAUAUGCUAAUUUGUGAGUUUACAGUUAACUGGCUUUGUUAAUCUUAGUUUGCAUCAAAGCUUAGGAAGUCAGGAAAUGUAUCUUGUAGUGAGGAUAACUUUUACCACAGUUGUGUUGAGGAGUUGCAGAUGAAGACCGAGAUCUUUGGCACUAGCUGCUGCACAAGCUCAAGAAAGCCCCCAAACUAGCUCUCUUUUAACUGUGCUGGGCACUGUUGCUCAUGCUACUCUUUGGGUGAUUCUGCUCAAUGCCAGGAUUUUUUCCUCUAUUUAGGACAAACCUGUGCAUCUCAGUACCUGUCUAUCGAAUUUAUGCUUUUUCUAUCAAAUAAGAGGGAAGAGUAUACAUUGUUAUUGUGUUUUUGGAGCUGUCAUUGGCCACUGCAUUGAGCAGAAUGAGAUGGAGAAAUGGUUUUGAGAGUUGAGGAAAAUCUGGAAUGUUUCUUGUCUUGAGGUGGCUUGAAAAGUGAGAAUCUAUGAAACUGUCACCAUUAUGACAAAGAUUUUUCUGUCCAAGAUAACUGAAAAUAUUUUAGCUUGCAGAAAGUUUUACUGUAAUCUGAUUAAAAUGAUAAAUUGCUCUAAUUCCAAAAUGAAAACUUAUUUCAAGCUGAUCUUUUUUGAUUCUUAAUUUUUUCCAAAGACUUAAGUUUACCAACCUUAGCCAAAACCUUCAAUUGAUUGGCGUAUUCUACAGCCUCAAAAUAAUGUCUGUGACUAGGGAGGAGCUGCAUACUCAUUCCACUGGACAGUUUGGAGCUUUGAUGGUAUUUAUUCAAUACCAGGAUGUUGAAAGAUAGACUGCAAAAAUAAUUGUUUCCAUCUAUUUCCACUGCUUUGUGCACUCGGGCAAGCAGCAUGACCUGGUGCAGCUGCAGAGUGUGAAAAGAGGGCUCCUGUCCCUCUCUUCCUGCUUGUCGGCUGCACUGAUCCUUGUUGUUAAUGAAUUAUUACUACAGGAAACUUUUGGUGCUGGAGAUCUCCCUGUACAAGAAAGGAAACAUACAUGUUCUCUGCUUGCUUCUCUAGCUCUUCCAGACAGGGAUAGGUACUACAGCAGUAAUACCCAGUUCCUCUUGGUUUGAGAAUGUUGUUUUUUCUCAAGAUGAGCUGUUCUUAUUUCUUGACACGUCAUUUUUUUCAGUGUAUCUAGUCUCACUGAUCUCUUGCAAGGGAUUUUAGUACUUCAUUGUAGGUCACCCAGAAGCAAUGCAAUUUGAAAGUAUGACAACAAAGGAUGAUGAGUAGCUGUUUUGCAACAGUCUUCCCCAACAGUUGGUCAUAUCUUGCCUCCAAACCAGCGAAGAGAGAAUAUUGGAAGUUUAAUGGUGAGUCCUUGCUACCUCUGGUACCUGACUCCUGUUUCCCGGAUAUUGGAAGUGUCUUAGAAGAGAUCCAAGUUGAGAGGAUUGGAGAGAGCAAGGACUACUUUCUCACCUGUUGCCAAGUAGUUGAUAUCCUGUGACAGAUCCAAACUCAUGUAACAGAUCUCUUUUGAGCUGUUGAAACUGUUAAAUUGCAGACCCUUUUUCAAGUUAACCAUUACUCCGUUCUGAAAGGUCAACAAAUUUGGGACUCUUAGUGGAAGAGAACAAGUAGUUUCUCUUUUUCAGAACAGGAAACUGCCUAAUCAGGCUUUUCUUAGUGGAAAGAGAAGAGGAAAGCACUUGAUAGCACUGACAGUACUUAAAUCUUUAGUUAUUUGAUCAUACAGGCAUGAUGAUGAUUGUCUUACUGGAUUUUCUCAUCCGAUAAGCUCACUGAACUUAUCAGGCUCAAUCAAAUAGAAUACUUUUCUUUGAACCCAGAGAAAAUGUUAGCAGGGCAAAAGCCAACACUGAAAAGGACGUAGCAUUUUUAAUAUCGGGUAACUUGGCAUUGUCAAAUGCUGUAGGAAUAUUCUAUAUGGCAUUUCUGGAUAAAAGAAAUUUUGAAAAAAAUAUUAAAAUACUUUCUAGCAGAGGCUUCACAAACCUUAACUUUCCCAGUGCAUUGCUGCAGCUGGAAUUCUUAAAUAUGUCUUAAGAGUAUUUUAUGUAUCAGUGCAUUUACAUGAAGAUACUUCUGUGAUAAAUUAAUUCCAAGUGAUCAAUCGACUAGGGAAACAAGAACUUCUUUAGCAUGUCUGCUAUUCUAUCAAUGCCUGAUAUUAAAAGUGAAAAUGCAUGUAAGUGGAAAUGGAUCAAUAGAAAGGGGGAAAAAUGUGUACUGAAAAUUGAUACAAGAAAACAGCUGGAAAUUCUUGCUACAGUCAUAUCUGAAAAUUGUGAUCUCUUACAAUUUUAGUAAGUCACAGAAUUUGAAACUUGAUGAACAGUCUGUAAUAAAAGUGGCCCUGAAAUUACUGGAGGUUGGGGGGCAGUGGCCUAGCUUACAAAGAGAUUUGGUAAAAACUGAGACCGCAGGGGGUUUUUUUGUUACAAAUUUCUGAACCUAUCUGAGUAUGAUGUGAUGAAAGAUGGCUUUAAGAUGCCAAACCAGGCUCAGCGAGGUUGCUCUACCUUAUGCUAACAUAUACCCCAGAGACUAGUGUGAGCAGGGACCCAUAAAAAUGCAGCUUUGAUUCUCAAAACUGGUCCCUGGCAGCCCAGAACAGUUCAUGAGGAAGGAGCAGUUGCUGUUGAACCACAUUAGCCAGUUUAAUGAUAGCCUCAGGCACGCCGCCUGUAUGCUAACUAAGGGAGGAGCAAAAACAAGUCAAACAUGGGAGGCUCAAGACUGGGAAUUUUCUGCCUGUUAUGUGUUUGUAUCCUACUGAUGUCCUGCCACCACAAUGAAUGUUUGUGCACACUUCCCUAGUGAAAAGUGCUGUUCAGCUGAUGCAGUGGAUUUGAACUGGAUGGACAUAGUGAGUGAAAAGAGCAAGCAACAGGAAAAAGCAGGGCAAGGUAAGAGGAUUUUGCACAGUUCCUGCUUUGGCUGUUCUUAGCCCUUUUGCUGGCACUUUUAAAAAGUCAGUAGCUAUAUCCUACUGUCUUUGUGUCAGAAAGUGUAUUUUCUAUUUGGUGAGAAUUUUUUGGUCAGGAAACUGAAAUCUUAAGAGCUUUUUAGAGUAAACGUAGUUCCUUCACAGAUCUAGUGUUUCCAAAGUCUGUCAGCAUCUCAUUAAAGGGGCUAUAUUAAAUGGUGAAGAGCAAGCGUCCUGCCUGUAGUUACACCCUGCAAUCUGACUCCUGUGGUGAAUGUUUCAAAUAGCAAGAGGCAGCAGAGUAUCCAAUGCACCUCCGAUUGCCAGUCUACUUUCCCAUUGUUUUGUAACAUAGAGUAAUUGCAAAACAAUCAACUGUAAGAUGUGCCCAUACUGGUUAGAGAAGUUGGUUUGAGGCUUAAAAUGACACUGAAUUGUACUUUGAUGGGAGCCUGCAAGGCAUCUUGACCAUUCUUUCAGUAUGUGGAUACUGCAGUGCUUGGCAUCAUGGGACACAGAUUCUUUUUCAGGGACUUAGGGAUUUCAGCUUGCUUGUAUGGGAGAUGGAGCUAUCUCUGAAGUGGAUUAUGAUGGCAAGUUAAGAGAAGGAAGGAAGUAUUGUGUUAGUAACACAGACCCAUCCUUAGCAUUGCUUUUUGAAUGGCUGGGAUGAAAUACAGCAUUGCCUACCCCCACCCUAAAACAAUUGUUCCGUUAGUUUCCUGCUCUUUCCAGGAAAUGUUGCCUGUUGGUGGUGUUGUAAUGCAUAUGUAGAAGCAAUGGGGUUACUACUAUUUGUCUUUGCUUUCUGCAUUCCUAGCUCUGGCAAUACUAGUCUCUGCCAAUCGGCAAACAACGGAUCAGUUUCUGUUUAGUCAUCACUCUCGGAUAGCUUCCAACUAGCCUCUGUGGAGGCUGAUGCAAUCAUCAAUCUCUCCUUGCAUGACAAAUGCUGAGCAUUUCAUGUUGGUUAUCUGCUCUGCUUUUAUAUUUUAAAAAAGUUUCUUGUCCCACUGAGAGAAGAAAGCUAUUGUAAACUUGUGAUCAGUUGUACCAACUGUAAUGUUUUCUUAUGACAAAUCUUGUAUGUUUUGGGUUGUUUCAUAUUCUGGAAUUCUAUGAAUGCUUGAUAUGUAUAGAUAAAAAAUACCAGGUUCACAAACAGGAACUCACAGCUGUGGUUAUGGAUUUACUAAGUGUGACAGAGUGCAAAUACUUGAAGAAAGCUCAUUAUCCAGUGUACUGCCCUCAUGUCCUGUUAUGUCUCUAUGCCUUCACACUCUAAAUACAAAUAAAUGCUGCUGGGGAAUGGGA